CAAGUGCGAACUAACAAAAGCAGGUAUGCAUGAACCCUCUGGAGGUUAUCAGGGGAAUUCAUGACUUGUAUAGACGUGGAGACUCGGUCUGGCAUGACUGGUAUCGAAUCCUGGCCUCUUGAGCUAAGCUCAUUCGAUUCGGUGCGCUCUUUCGUGGACAAUUUUGAAGCAAAGGGCUGCACAGCCAAUGUUCUUAUCGCCAACGCUGGCAUGUCGACGACGAAGUAUGCGAAAACUCCAGAUGGCUAUGAAACUACAUUUCAAGUGAAUUACCUGUCGACCGCUCUGUUGAGCAUAUUGAUGUUGCCUCACCUCAUCAAGAUGGGGACUCCUGAACGUGCCUCGAGACUCGUUAUUGUGUCUAGCGAGGUUCAUUAUAUAGCCAACAGACUAAAAGGGGCAGAUAAAUGGCCUAGUAUCAUCGAAACAAUCAAUGAUGAGGCGUAUUGUACUUCCAGCGUAAUGAUGAAUCGCUACCCCCUAUCCAAGCUCCUCGAAGUGAUGUUCAUCCGUGAGUUGUCUUCUCGACUUCCCACACCAACCUUGGUCGCUGUUUCGGCGGUCAAUCCCGGCUUUUGUCACUCCCGUCUUUCGCGAGAAAUCGAAUCGAAUCCUAUCCUCAAGUUUGCCGUGAGCACUUACAAAGGGCUAUUGGCACGCACGACUGAGAUGGGCAGUCGGACACUUGUCCAUGCAGGAAUCGAGCCAGGUGAGAGGGAGCGGCACGGUCACUACCUGUCGAGCUGCGAAGUUGCCGAAGAGAGCGAUUAUGCUCUCAGCGCGGAAGGAAGGGAGGUUUCGAAGCGUUUGUGGCAUGAGACGCUUAAAGUCCUUGGAGACAUCGAUCCAAGAGUUAAUACAAUUGUGUCUGAACACCUCACUCAGGACAUAGUAUAAUUUAAUUGUUAUUCGUCGACCGCUACCAUGUAUUAUGUUGUAUUCU